AGUGUCUUGGGGGGGGGGGGUUGUUUUUCCUUGCGGGAGAUGAACUUUCUCAAUUAAAAAGUGCCCGGAGCUGAGCUGCGACAAUGACGGUGGAAUUUGAGGAGUGCAUCAAGGAUUCGCCCCGGUUCCGGGCGACCAUAGAUGAAGUGGAAACAGAUGUGGUGGAGAUAGAAGCAAAGCUUGACAAGCUGGUGAAGCUAUGCAGUGGGAUGAUUGAGGCUGGGAAAGCCUACAUCACCACCAACAAGCACUUUGUCAGCGGGGUCCGAGACCUGUCGCAGCAAUGCAAGAAGGACGAAAUGAUUUCGGAGUGCCUCGACAAAUUUGGAGACAGCCUGCAGGAAAUGAUUAACUAUCACAUGAUCCUUUUUGACCAAGCCCAGAGGUCGGUCCGGCAACAGCUGCACAACUUUGUGAAAGAUGACGUCCGGAAGUUCAAGGAGACGAAGAAACAGUUUGACAAGGUGCGCGAGGACAUGGAGAUCUCUCUGGUGAAGAACGCGCAGGCCCCGCGGCACAAGCCCCACGAGGUGGAGGAAGCGACGGGCACUUUGACCAUCACCAGGAAGUGCUUCCGACACCUGGCCCUGGACUACGUGUUACAGAUCAAUGUCCUCCAAGCCAAGAAGAAGUUUGAAAUAUUGGACGCGAUGCUGUCCUUCAUGCACGCCCAGUACACCUUUUUCCAGCAGGGCUACAGCCUCCUUCACGAACUUGAUCCCUACAUGAAGAAACUAGCCACCGAGCUGGACCAGCUGGUGAUCGACUCGGCCGUGGAGAAGAGGGAGAUGGAGCACAAGCAUGCACUGAUACAGCAGAGGACUCUCCUGCAGGACUUCUCCUACGAUGACUCCAAGGUGGAAUUUAAUGUCGAUGCCCCCAAUGGCGUGGUGAUGGAAGGGUACCUCUUCAAGAGAGCAAGCAAUGCUUUCAAAACAUGGAAUCGGAGGUGGUUCUCCAUACAGAACAGCCAGCUGGUCUACCAGAAGAAGCUAAAGGAUGUCCUCACGGUGGUGGUGGAAGACCUGCGGCUCUGUACCGUCAAACCUUGCGAAGACAUAGAGAGAAGAUUUUGCUUUGAGGUCGUCUCACCUAGCAAGAGCUGCAUGCUGCAGGCCGACUCGGAGAAGCUGCGCCAGGCCUGGAUCCAAGCGGUUCAGGCCAGCAUUGCCUCCGCUUACAGAGAGAGCCCAGACAGCUACUACAUCGAAAGACUGGACCGAACCGCCUCCCCUUCCACCAGCAGCAUCGACUCCGCCACUGACUCCCGGGAGCGGAGCAUGAAGGGGGAGAGCAUCCUGCAGAGGGUCCAGAGCAUCCCUGGAAACGACCAGUGCUGUGACUGCGGCCAGGCGGAUCCCCGAUGGGCCAGUAUCAACCUGGGCAUUCUGCUGUGCAUCGAGUGCUCUGGGAUCCACAGGAGUCUGGGCGUUCACUGUUCCAAAGUCCGCUCUCUCACGCUGGAUUCCUGGGAGCCAGAGUUACUGAAACUAAUGUGCGAGCUGGGGAACAGCACCAUGAACCAGAUUUACGAGGCACAGUGCGAAGCGUUGGGACUUAAGAAGCCCACUGCGGGGAGCUCCAGGCAAGACAAGGAAGCCUGGAUCAAGGUCAAGUAUGUGGAGAAGAAGUUCCUCAAGAAGUUGCCUACUGGGGAGGCCCUGGCGGAGAACGAGAGGAAGCCCCGGCGCUGGAGCGUGAAGAAAUGCCAGCGGCACAACAGCACCACAAAAGCACCUACGGCUCGUAGGAAGUACCGGCAUGAGGCAGGAAAUGCAUCGCCGGCCCCGAUCUCAUCAGCUGCCACUCUGGAGAGGAAAUUCCGGCGGGACUCUCUCUUCUGUCCUGACGAGCUGGACUCCCUCUUCUCGUACUUUGACACCGGCGCCGGCUCAGGACCCCGCAGUGCCAGCCACAUCUCUAUGCAGCACCCGCUGGCAGCUGGCCCCUGGAGUGGCAUUGGUCCCGGUGGGAGCGGUAUGCCGUUCCUCCUGGACGGAGGUCUGAGUAGCGACAGCGGGCUGGGCGGCAGCACGGACGGAAGCACCGACGUCCUGGUGUUCGGCUCGGUGGUGGACAGCGUCACAGAGGAAGAGUGCGAAGUGUCAGAGGAGUCCAGCGGCGAGGCGGAGAUAGAGCAGGAGGCCUCGGACCUGGAGGACCUGCGGGAGCUGCACCCCGGCCUGCUGAUUUACAAGGCAGCACAGGCCAGGAACUUGCCUGUCAUGGCAGAGGCUCUGGCACAUGGCGCCGAGGUCAACUGGGUGAACGAUGAAGAUGAAAACAAAACUCCUCUGAUUCAAGCUGUGAUGGGGGGCUCCUUGAUAGCCUGCGAAUUCUUACUCCAGAACGGAGCAGAUGUUAACCAAAGAGAUAUCCGGGGCCGGGCUCCUCUGCACCAUGCCACGUACCUGGGACACACUGGCCAGGUCUGCUUGUUCCUAAAGCGAGGCGCCAACCAGCACGCAGUGGACGAGGACGGCCAAGACCCCCUCAGCAUUGCAGUCCAGGCAGCCAAUGCAGACAUAGUCACCUUGCUGCGUCUGGCUCGAAUGAACGAGGAGAUGCGAGAAGCUGAGGGCCCCUUCGGACAACCAGGUCAAUAUCCCAGCAACAGCCCCACUGAGCUCCAGUACAGGAAGUGUAUACAGGAGUUCAUCAGCCUUAAUAUAGAUGAGUGUUAGUGACAACUCCCCACCUGCCUCUCCUUUGCUGUCUUGAGUGGGCUGAAUUCAAGAAUGCCGCCUGAGCCCCACCUUUGGUGUAUAUUGGUGUUUCUUGCAGAUUGGCCUGAUUCUGAUGCCUACGGCAGACAGGCCAAGAGCCACAGAGGAAGGAGAGGGACCUUUCGUGUUAGUGUGUAAUUCUCAUGCUUGACUAGAGAUGGUCAAUUUCACACAGGAGGAGAUUCAGGGCACACCACAGACCGUGGCUCAUGGGUUUGAGUGUGCGGGGAGCGCACGAGUUUAGUGUAAAAAAGAAAAGGAAACCCUUUCUCGGCAGAAGAAAAUCACCAACGAUACAGCUGGAUGAUAUGCUUGGAACCUGCUGUGUAUUUGUAGCGCUAUAGAUCGGCCCUACACCGAAUUAUCAUAUGAACAAAGUUUGUUUGGACAGCCUGCUGUUGCUGGAGCUCCCUCUUAUCAACGGUGCUCAGCAGCUUGAAGUGCUCAUUAGCAAAUGGGGUGACUGCAAGGUUUGGAAGUUGUCAGAUCCGGUUUAAAAUGCUAACGCGGGGGCCUCUUAAGUGUGGAGGAGGCAAGCUGCAGGUAGAGAUCCUCUGCUGCAAAAGGCACACGGGACGGGGUAGGAAGGAGAGACAUGGCCGCCCACCUUACAUGCUCUCAGGUUUAAACCAGCAAAGCUCCCUUUUUUACGCCAACAGUAGCUAGCUGGUCAAAGCCAUAGCUUAGCUGCUUCCUGGACUAGGGCGCGAUGUGUUUAGUGUUACUGAAGCAGUGAGGCUAAUUUUUUGUGGCCAGGAGAGGCUCGUCGCCGGCGAUGGGCUUUGUGGCAGGGAAGAAAACUAAAAUCAGACGCCCACAGCCUGAGUGGCUAACUCAAGCUGCUGGGUUUUUUCCCUGGUCAGAUUUCCUACUUAGCCCCUUUCUGGGAAGGGGAUUUCUAUUUGUAUGCGUGUCCCUAAGUGCUGUGGUCCCUCAUGCUGAUGCAUGCGAGCAGGGCGUUUCUGCAGCAGGUCCAAGGGAAUCCGGAUUGCUCCAUUUCCAUUUACUGGCAGGACUAUUUUGGCUUUUCUUUUUUUGCGGGAGUGCGGGGGGACCUGUUUUUACUCAGAGCCACUCUGGAUUUUAUGGUCUGUGUUUCUGACGCGCUCGCGGUGUCUCGGCAGAGAGACCGUCACCUCGCCGUCAUUUCUGCAGGGGGCUUGGAGAUCAUGUAUGAAAUUGGAAGCCCAACCUGUGACUGUGCAUUACCAUGGAAAGCCUCACUGGGCUCCUUUAAGAGUCCAGUCCCACUGGGUGCUGAGCCCCCCAAAUGCCAUGCAAGUCAAUGGAAUUUGGGGGCACUCGGUGCCUAACAGGAGAAGCUCAGGAUCUUGAAGGAUGAAAUUGUUAAUCAGGAACACAAGAGGCCAGGGAGACUUCCCCAUGCCCUAUCCCCUCCGCUAAACUGGCAGUGAUACACCAUAAUAUUUCUUUCCAUCAAAUACUUGUCCGAUUCCUUUAACAAAAGCUCUGCUCCGCAUACCAGCUGCUGCCCUUGGUAAGUUAUACAUCCGCUGGUUGUGCUCUGUGGGCAUAUUUCUGUCCUCAGGUGCAGCACGAGCAAGCAGGUUCCACUCAAAGCUGUGCCACUCAUCCAGGGCUAGAACAGUAAAGAAACGCCACCCAAUUCCUUUAGUUCCUUUCUCAGCUAAAGGGCCGGAUCCUGCUCCUUUGGAAGUCAAGGAAAGCGUUGGCACCGACGUCAGUGGGGCAGAGUAUGUCCUGAAGGUGUGCCACCCGCUUCCUGUCUUCUCUCAUGGCUUCUUUCCUGUCUGCUCCUUUCGAAACUGUGGGACGGCCACUCCCGGAACGCCAAGAUCCCAUCUCAGUUACACCCAUGUGCUGUAAAUCUGGAAUAACCCUACUGAGUUUGCUGGAGUUGCUCCAGAUUACCACUGGAGCAGACUCUGGACGGCUUCCCCGCUCCACCCCUCCAGUAUAAAAACCUAUUCUCUCCAGCCCUUCACUGUCCCUUCUCCAUCUACAUGCCCUCCUGUCGAGCACAGAGAUCAUGCCAGUGCUCUUUACAUAAUAUGCUAUUACCAAGGCUGGAUUGUGUAAGUCUUCAGCAUUUAUGUAGUCCUCCUGUCUUCCUGCCCUGUACACUUGGUGGGGCCCACAGUAAACCUCAGGCCACCUGCACUAUCCCCUUUAAGCACACAGCGCCUGGUUCUGACACCGUUAUGCAAUCCAUACUCAAGCAGUCCUCCCUCCGAACCCUCCUCUGAGUGAGUGCUGAGUAAAGGCUUUAGGAUGCCUAUGGUGGUACUUCCUAGAGGCUAAAUACUGCAGUCUUUGCUCAUGCCAUACUCAGGCAAAACGCCCAUGGACUUCAUGAGUAAAGCCUGCAGGAUUGUGCCCUUUGUAGUGAAAAGGUCACUUGUUACCUUUUUAGUACAGAGAAGGGACAUUGAUAUUUAGUCCCUGUAAUUCAGGGGACAACUUCCUGGCGACCAGAUUCUGAUCUAGAUCUGGUGUAAAUCUGGAGUCACUUCAUUUGAAGUCAGUGGAGUGAUACCGGAUUUACACCAGUAUCAAUCAUGUCUACUGUAGCUAGAAGUGCACACAGUAUUGCAGAGCUGGCCUCCUAUGGAGUUGGAAUAUUUCCCUUUGAUUUGCACUGACAGUGCCCUCUGUUAAGGUGCUUGUUUUCUGUUAAGUGGGGUCUAUCGGGUUUGAUCCAGCACUUCUCCACUUCCCUCAUCCACUUCAGCUUCGGCGUUUUCAGCAUAGAACCACUAAUGGUAUAUGGUUCUCUUGGUGCCUGACCCCGUAACCUUUCAUUUCUCUGCACACCACACUGUUGCCUUCUCACCUGUCCAAAUCACGUUAGGUGUAAACAGCUUCCUCCUGAAAACUGACUGGCCUCUUCUAUUGCAUCAUCUUUUCCUUUGACACCUCUGAUUGAGUUACAGCCUGAGCGUGCUCCCACUGAGGUCAAUGGGAAUUUUGCUGUUGACUUCAGGGUGAGUAAGAUCAGAAACCUGUUGAGCAAAACCCUGGACUCACAACUCCUUGGUGUGAAAUUUUCUGCUUGCUGGUAUUGCCAUCCGUGAGGAUCUGUGAUGGUUUAAGAAGCUGCCCCACAGUGAAACUCCCUUGCCCUCCUCAAUUUACCAUGAAACUAUUAUAUAUAUGUAUAUAGUGCUGAGCACUCUGCCUUCAGUCCAGCGACACAGGAAUCCUCAUGUGCUUAAACUUCAGCCCGUACUUCUGUGCUUUGCUAGAUUGGGCUCAGAGGGCUCAGGACUAUGCAGGAACCAACCAAUGUGCAGCUGAAUAUCUGCUGCUUAUCUUGGCUUAGGAACGAGGCAGCUUCUCUGUAAUUAAGGCUCGUUGAUUAUCCCAGCCUGUCCCAUUUUAUGUAGAAAGGCUAAUCUGCACAAAACAUUCGCUCGCCCGCAUGUGGUUCCCUUCAAGCCAUGUCCUCCUCUAGAAAAAGACAAGAUUGAAAUAAAACGAGAAAAUUUCAGGACACUCCAAAGAGAAAAAGCAACAUGUUGAUCAUUAAACAUCCUGCUCUUACUCUGCAUUAACGAAACCCAGCCUGGUGGUUGCUGGAAACUUUUUUCCUCAUGCGUUUGCCUGUUUAUCGGCUCCAAUCCGGUUUCUGACUCUGAAGAGGAGUUAGAAAUUUGCCUGAUCCUUUCUAUAAACCAGUGAGAUCUGAAGGUGUGGCUUGUCCACUCCAGGCCAUUUUAUUUCACCGUCAACAUUAGUGACUCACGAGAACAAUACAAACCAACAGUGUACGGUUUGGCACAUACAAACUUGGAAUCACUCACUGCCCCAGUAAACGUGGUUAAAGAAUAUGUAAAUACUGACACAAAACCCAGUAUGUCUGGCAAGACAAUUUAUCUAUUUAAAAUGUAUCGGUACUUUAUUUAGACUCAAUGUAUAAAGCAACUUUGUGCACUUUUCCUACUUACAGUAUUGGGUUUUUUUAUGUUCUUUUGUUAUGGAUUUUGUGCUGUCUUUUUUAAUCGGUGAAAUUGUUAAGUAUUUAAUUUAUUAUUGAGAUGCCCAGAGGACUAGUGCAAUUUUCAUUCAAUACAGUUUGGCUGUAUUUAAUGUCAGGAUUUUUUUGUAACAUUACUAGGGCCUAUUUUUUUAAACUCGACUUUUUUCCCCCGUCUCCCCACUUCCCUUUCUUUUUUUUCUCUUCCUCUCCUUUUGGCGGGUAAAGAGAAUGCAAGGCAGCCGAUGCCUCGCAGCUUGAGAUAGGGUAGGACACUUAACAAAUCCUGCAGUUUCUAAAACAAAAUGUUUUUCUCCAGGAAAAAACUAUGCCUAAGAGGCAUUUAUCAAUGUUUUCUAUGUUUAUUUUAUUUUGGGGGAGGGGAUGAGAAAUGUGUGUGCACGUGUGGUUCGGGGCUUGGGAGGGAGGGAUAUUGGGGAAAUUGUACAUACGGUUUGUUUUUGGCAAAGCAAAGAGCCAGCACGGUUACAGGGGAGUCUAAACAUAAAGUCGCCGGGUUAUUUUUUUUUUCUCUUUAAAUAUGGAUACAUUGCUCUGAGUGUUGUACAAUCCUAGCUGAAAUUUCUAAUGCCAAAAUUUCUGUCAUUCCUCCUUUAUAGCUCUUCUUUUCAAAGAGUUUGUACAUUACAGACAUGACAGUAACUCGGUUGCAACUGCGAUUAACAUGAACAGAUUUGCCUUUGUCUAGAAAGCAACACCCUGGGUAUUACCUCAACAUAGAUGGGCCCAAAAGAUUAUCUCCAAAUUGAAAGAUUCUCAUGCUUUUGGGGGUGUUUGAGAUCUGGGCCAAGCUUUGAAUAUUUGUUCCAACCAUAUUAUGGGCCAACCCAACAUCCUGGAUCCAAAUACUUGAAUUGGAGGAUCCGAAUGUUGCAUUUUAAGCACAUCUUCAGUUCUAGAUUGGAUGGGUACAAAAGAUUUGCAGAUUGAGAUUAUACUCCCUUUUCAACGUGUGUCCAAACUGGCAAAUUGCCAUCUAAACCAGAGAAACUACCCCGCCCCCGCACGCACACACAUUAUUUGACUAUUAUUAAUCAUGAUAAUCUGAGUCUGUGUGCCUUGCCAUUCCUUCCACUAAUUCUGUCAAGGGGAGAAAUGUUGAUGCUUGUAAAGCAUGAGAUUCGACAAACAGACUGCGAUGAGCAUGAAUUUCUCUGACAUUUGCAACAUCUCAGACUGGCAAAUUUGAGUGUUAUUUACACACGAUGAAAAAUGGAUACUCCUAAAGAAAUGCACUGAGAGGCCUCCAGUAGCCUCAGAUUAACGGACACAGCUAUUGCCGUCUCCUUCCAGACUGCCAGGAAUGCUGUGUGGUGCCAUUCUGCUGCAGUCCUGGCUGUUAAACCCCGGGGCAUCACUGCUUUCAUCCAAAGGCAAAAAAGCAUGAACAGACUAAAUGUUAUAUUAAACAACUGAUCAGCUGAUGACAAACUUGUGUGUGUGUGUGUGUGUGUGUGCACGCGCGGAGUGAUGUGAUGAUGAAGGGGUGUGAGCGGAAGGGCACUGGGUGAGGAGGGAGAGGGGGAAUGGGAGUUUGAAAGGACAAGAGAAAAAAUAAAGAAAGAUACCAAAAAUACCGAGUGCUGUUUCCAUAGGAAUGUGAUGUGUAACCGCCCAAGCCCUGAAGUCUGCCGCCGCUGCCUCACCAGAGUAUGGGACUACAGCUCUCAAGCUGAAAGACAAGGAGUCGGUGGGAAGAUGGGGCUGUCAGGUGGCCAGAUAUGUGUGGGAGGGGAAGAGGUGGGAGGCAGUUACUCGGUUCCUAAAUGUAGCAGAGUCGUGAAUGUCAGUUUGCAGGGCACUAAUAGAGCCCAUUGGUUUCUAGUGCAGGAGUAGGGCAGGGAAGGGUCAGCCAGGCAAGGCGCACGGGGCUGCCCAGAUGCGGGCCCAGCUCUUAGCACCUCCCCAGUAGCUUGGGAAUUGUUUAGUUUGUACAUCCAUGUGCUCCAGUAAGGUGCAUUUUCGGAAGAACCGGGCAGCUGCCUUCUGCUGCACCGACCCAUCUCAGCAUCCAUCAAACAGCACAUGAAUGUCAGGGCGUGUCAGUCCUGUGACAUGUGACCCCUCUGGGUCAGACCCAUGGCCGGAGCCGAGGAAGGAUAAAUCCCAGGGGGAUAAGCUUGGCUCAGGGCAAGGUUAUGUUAACUGGCUGCCUUGAAUGAAGGCCUUCGAGCCAUUAGGGAGCAAAGCCCUGACCCGAGACUCCAUCACUUCCUACCUACACAGCCCAGAAAGAAAGAGGAGCUCUCAGCCAAGUCGAAGCGGCUAGAUGUGGUUUGUUGACUAGGCUGCGGACACACGAGUGGCUGGGCACAAGGGACUUGCUGUAAAUACGCUAUCGCAUAUUAACCUCCUUCACUUGCCUGCUUUCCGUACAACUUUGUGACACGUUUUUUUUUUUUAAUUUCCCCUUUGCCGCUACAAUCUGUACUGAGUAUAACUAUGGAACUGA